AUGCGUGCGCUGAAAUCUUAUUAUCGUAUUUACCGGCUUUGUGGUGUACCUUGUUUCCCUACACCUGUUUCUCGUUCGUGUGCUGUCAAACCAUCAUGGUUGCCCGAAGAUCUUACAGAACAUUUUGAUGCUUUUAAGAAAAAUAUAAUAUUCGAGUAUGAAAACGUCACUAAACUCAUGACAUCUGGGGCAAAAGAAUGUGACCUUAUUCCUUUAUCUGAAUGUUGGAAGAAUUUAAGACCAAUAGUAGAUGUGAUUGAAGAACUGGAUAUAUUACUUGAAGCUGAUAAAGAAGUAGACCAAUUAGUGGCAGAUAUUGUCGGUACUGACACUGAGGAUGAUGUUGAUGAUUUAAAAGCGAUUGCUGAGUUGGAACGUAAACAAAGAAAUGUUCAGCGUGAAGCGUUGGAAAAAAAGCUCCUUAGUUUGCUACUUCCGACUGAUGAACGUGAUCUUAAUUCAGCUGUAAUAAUGGAACUAUUCGCUGGGGCUGGAGGUAAAGAAGCUGGUUUAUUUGCUCAUGAUUUAAUGAAUAUGUAUCAUGCUUUCGCCAUACAACGAAAUUGGUCCUUUACUGUUUUACACAAAAAUGUAAUGUCGAGUGAAGAAUGUGCUCCAUCCCAUAAUGAAACUUCACUUUCCUAUAUUCGUAUUGAAAUUGAAGGUGAACCAACUACAGAAUCCGGUAUAAUGUCGUUUGGUGCUUAUGGUCAGUUAAAAUGGGAGGCUGGCGUUCACCGUGUUCAACGUGUUCCUGUUACUAGUAGUCAGAAUAAGAUUCAUACUAGUACAGUAGCAGUAUCGAUACAACCUAAGUAUGACGAUGUUGAUAUCGAUAUUCCUGAUAAUGAUUUAAAAUGGGAAUUCCAUCGCCCAACCGGUCCUGGCGGUCAAAAUGUGAACAAGUCGACUAGUGCAGUUCGCCUGACACAUUUGCCAACCGGUAUAGUCAUUUCAUGUCAACGUGAACGUUAUCAACAUAUAAACAAAGGUUUGGCAUUAGACAUGCUCAAGGAAAGGCUUCAUGAAAUUCAUUCAAAAUCGCAGUCUCACUUAAUUGAUUCCAUCCGUCGAUCUCAUUUGGGAAAUCUAGAUAGAUCAGAAAAAAUUCGAACUUACAAUUUUCCACAAGAUCGUAUAACAGAUCAUCGGUUAAACGACUCUUGGAAUAAUUUAUACAGAUUUAUGAAACAAGCUGUUGGAUUAAGUGAAUACGAAACUUUUAUGGCAGCAUCCUUAAGAGACGAUGAGCUGCGGAGGGAACUCAAGGCUUUGGGCUUUGAUCCAGGUCCAAUAACGGCAACUACGAGGUCUGUUUAUAUAAAAAAACUCGAAAAGCUCCAAAAGGAGAAGUCAUUCACUGUGGGUAUUUCAACACAAGAAGCGUCAGAAACACCUAAACAAAUAUCUAAGUCACGCAAAUCAACUGGGACUAUAAAUUCAAGCUCUUCAGGAACACAAGGUUCCAGUGUAAUCAGUCGUAAGCAUACAACUAUCGAAUCGAACCAUGACAUAGGAACAGAGAAUAAACACUUUUCCAGUAAACAAUAUUCAAAAUCCAAGCCACCUCUUACCGGACAUAAUGUGGAUUUAUCUGAACCUUACACUGACAUACUUCCGAGCUUAAUCCCAAUAGGAACAUCUCAAGCGGAACCCGUGAAUAAGUUUCGUAACGAUUCUGAUAUGAUCAAUUCAGUUUCUUCACAUAAGCAGUAUCCUGCACAAAGAUUUUCACGUGACCUCAAUCAGAGCUCAGUUGAUUAUACACCCACCAGGAAAACGUAUAUUUAUAUUAAGGAUGAUUCUGUAGACGAUGAUACAGAUGAGGAAUUAUCAAAACCAAGUUCGAUGUCAUCCACCUUGUCCAGAGUUACUGGUUGGCUCAAUCGGAGUGCCCAUGAAUUUACGAAACCUAGGUCUUCAAGGGAUGAGUCUGUUUAUGAAAAAUCCAAACUUAGUGUUCGUCGUUCCUCACACAGCAAUGACCGUUUACAAAUAUCAGAUACAGAUAGUUCUGAUAUAGAAAAGUCCACUCAGAGCCCUUUCUUCAAGAGACUAUAUUCCUCUCCAUUCAGGAACAUGAAAUCGCGAGAUACUGGAAUCACAACGUCUCCUGGUCUUCUCUUCACUCCACCAUCUAGGAAUCUUGAUAAGCCGACAUAUCACGGUGUUUCUAUUUUAUCUGAAGAUACUGAUUUCAAUGAUCUUGUUCGUAGCCGAAAGCAGCGUGAUCAAAAGAACAGCUUUUCAAAUUAUUUCUUAUUUGGGAAGCAUUUCCCUUGCAGUGUCUCAAAUAUCCCUAAUUUGAUUCUUAUUUCAAGCAUAAUCGUGUGUUUCAUGUUAGUUGCAAGUUAUUUAUUCUUGAAGGAUCACCAUGGAGAAGUUGGUAAAAUGGCAGAUGUACAGAAGUUGCUUUGUCGAUCUCCAGGCGACUACAAUAAUAGUCUUACAAAAGGCUUACAUCGCUGCCUACAUGAAGAUGAUCUAACUGCAUCCUUAUGGGUUCUUGGGAUUUUAUAUGAUAUUCUCAGUCGUUACGCUGGAGAGUUUUACUGUAAAGUUGGAGUUUUAACUAGUCCUCGUCUAGAUGUAUCUUCUGCUGAACGUUUAGUUGAGCACAGCUUACAAAUGAAAGGCUGGCCAACAUUUCCGAAAACUGAUUUUCGUCGGGUGUGGGAUAAUACACUUUAUGUGUUACUUCAUGUUGGGAAGACACAUUUUAGUCUUGUUGCUGUUGACGUUAGCAAAUCUGAACUAGGACCACUCAAUCGAGUAAUCCAAAUCACUGAACUUGAAAGUCUUAAACCAUAUUUUCCUGGCGUUUGUCGACUCCGACGGUGUUUUCAAUGGUUUGCUGGUGUAUGCGUAACUUUUUUCUGGAUCGUAUUAGUUUGUGUGAUUAUUUUGGGGGUUUGUUAUGGAGUUUAUCUACUUCGCUCUAGAAAAUUACGCGCAUUAGAACGUAAAAACUGUCGAGUAAGAGAACUGGUGGCAGAAGUAGUAUACUUGCUACAAGAUCAGUUACGAGAAAAUGAAGCCAGUGCUAAUCAGCCUCCUUAUGUUCCUGUCUAUAUGAUACGUGACCGCUUGCGUCAAAAACAUCACGACUUAGAUCGGUUGUGGCCUGAAGUUACGCGUUAUGUUUAUGAAGUAGAAACUUGUAUCGGUGUACAAGAAUGGAGAGGUGUAGGUGAAACAUGGCAGUGGCAAAGCGGCACAGGUUGGCAAGGUUCUGCACUUAUGGACACGUCACAGAAGCCAAGUUUUAUUGUUCCCCCAACGGAGUGCCUGAAAAUAAGGAAUAUGUUUUCUACUGAAAGUAUCGAUGAACGUGGACGUAAAAGAAUCAAACGCGAACUCUUAAAAAAAUUAAUGCCUUGUGGGUCCAUUUUACACAUAGGUUUAGAUAGUGUUGGAAUAAAUGUAAGUGAUUUGCUAAAAUUGUUGGAGCAAUGCCGUCAAACAAGGGUUCUUCAUAUUACUUAUUUUUAAAUCCUAGUUUUCAGCUAACUCCAAUUACAUAAAUUUGGAUAUCCUGAUUGUUGUAUUAGUUUUUAAAAUAAAUGUUGUUUGGCCACUGGUGCACAGAUUUGUACAUGUUUUUUUGGUUGGAAUAAUUGGAAAUUGAACCAAAAAGCUAAAUACCUAACAGCAUCUGAUUUCCAAACAAUUAUCCAUCUUAAAAAUCCCCUAAUUUAUUUUCCGUGUGUGUUUACGAAAUGUUUUCAUUCAUCCUCUAGUCGUUCUUUAAAAUAAUCAUGCUAAUUUUCAGCUUUAGUGAAUGUUUUGCUCUCAAAGGCAUAUGGUUUAGUUAAGUUUUUCAGAAAUGGGUUUUAUGGAGAUUGCAGUAAUUUAAAAUUUGAAUUCAUGAGCUUUCACUGUCGUUCUAAACCACAUAAUUAGCACCUACUUUAUAUAGAAGUUGGCGUUUUAAUUAUUUCACAGGAAACAAUCCAGAAAACCUCAGUUUUCAUGCAAUUGGUUCCCUUUAUUUAACCUCAGUUUUCCCUCAUAAAUUGAUAUAAUCACUUAAUUCUAUUUUAUUGAGACUUAGCGACAUAGCGACAAAAAACGAUAAAUGAAACAUCAUCUACAAAAUAAAUUGCACCAGUUGUGAAAAGUGUUACUAUUGAACAUAGUGAACUCCCUCUCUGCCUACGCAUAGAUGAACUUUGAUUAGUAGUGAUGUGUCUAAUGACAGUAAAGGCUUCACUAAUAAACCAUUUAGCUCAGAACAUAACGCCUGGAAUUUUCUGGUAGGAUCUACUGACUUGAGAUUACAGUUCUAUUGGGUCUAGAUUCUAGUUUCGGAAAGAACAAAUAAUUAUUUAGAAUUGAACGAUAUAAUCGUUUUUGAAGUUUUCAAAACUUAUUUUGAUAACAUAACAUUGGCUAUUUUUAACUGGGAUAAGGCGGUAUUCUAGUACACUUAUAACUUUUUUGUUAUUGACUAGUGUUGUUGAAUAGUUUACUACUAGUGAACAAGGCAGCAUUGUUAUUGGCGUUCCUACCGGUAAAAUAGACGCGGAAGUUUCUACGGGAAGUUUUUUCUUUUUUGUCUAGAGACAAAGUUACACUUCAAUUGAUACUUGAGUAAUUUAACGUAUGUGAGGAACCAGCGUUCUAAAAUCGAAUUUUCUAAGAUUUGCUACGAGUAUUAUGUGAUGAUUUUUUCGAAAGAUAGCGUGUUAUUUUUACUUAUUAGUUCUACAAGACCCGUAAAAACUCAUAUUUUUAGUUUCAUUGAUAUAUGAAGGUUAGCGCUACAGUCUAUCUGUGGAUGUGAAAUUAAAUGGGGUUGGUUAAGAAAAUACAAAGUUCCGUCCCAGUUAUCCGAUGUUAUUUUCAGAUCUCGUCUGUGGGACAGUAAUAUUUACUGAAUACAAAUAGAUCCAGUUAAUAUGUAGAAUAUUGACCACUACCAUUAUAUGAUGAACUAAAAGCUAUUUGUGAAAUAGCUGUAAUAACCACCUAAGGAAUCAGUUGUUGUUGCACAGUUGUCUCAAGUGGAGCAUUUCAUCUCAAUGGAUGAAUGUGCAGAUAUAUGGGAGAUCAAUCCCACCUAAAUUUUGAAUUAAUGAAUGAUUUGUAAUUUAUAUCCUUUUAUGAUUCAUCGUGCAUUUAACUAGUAGAUAUUUAAAUUGGUUCGACCGUUUUUGUCAAUCAUUCAUCCAAACAAACCGUAGUCUCACAGUGAAGCCUGUUACAAAAUGUGGUUCAUGUUAAUGGACCUCUGUAAAUAUACAUUACAAAACAUCAUUACAUGAAUCGUAGUGAAAUAAUAUUUUGCGUUACCCGAUUGAUGUUAAGAAAGGAGCCAAACUGUGAACUUACUGACGAUAAUAUUAUGAUAUCUGAUAGUCUAAACAUGUGUUUCAGUUGAGAAAUAAUUCAUCCUAUGUUUAACCUAUAAAUAUUUAGCUAGCUGUGUUACACUUCUAAACGUAGCAUCAGUUUUAUCUGAAGGCAUGAAACCAACGUGAAUAUAUCUUUAAUUUGUUCAAACGAUAUUUUUUUAGUCGUAAAUAGAUAUCUGUUGUGAAUUUUCGGCUUUCUCGAUUUUUUCAUCUCAGGGAUUGGUGUAUGUAAAGUGUGCAGAUCCGGAAACUGCAGGUCGCGUUUUCCACUCGAUACAUGCUAAUUAUUUUGAUGGUCGUUUGUUGACUGUAAAGUUCUUACGGGAUAAUAAAUAUUGUUUACGCUUCCCUGAGGCUCAUAGUAUAAAACAGCCACUUCAAAUAGAAGAUUUCGAAUGAAUAAUCAGUAGUCGUGUGUAUUACAAAUUGUUAAAAAGAUGUGUUGUACUAUAAUUCUACCUAACAGUUUUUAAUGAGUUUCGUUUUUGAUAUGUAUACUUAAAAUUGUUCGGUGUUCCACUUUAUAAAACAGCAUUUACACAACAUAUAUUAUUACCACUACAUUUUCCAGUCUUUUUUAAUGCAUUUUUCAUUUAUGUUAUUAUUUACUUUGUAGAGUUUGUAUAUUUGUUUAUCAAUUUACUGUAUUUUUAAGCUUUGUAAUCUUGCGUUUAUAUUUUCUGAAUAAAUUAUAUACUGUU